AAUAUUUUAAGAGCCAUAUAUCUCUCGAGUGGUCAUUGGCUUCAAUAACAUGAAUCGGAGUGUAACCGUUGUUUAUCCAAAAAGAGGACAAUCUAGCAAAAGGAACAUGAAUUUCAAAAAUUGCAAAAAAAGUAGGACGAUAUUUUCUAAUGACUUCUUUCAAAUGCCGUCUUGAAUUGUUAUUGUGCGUCCACUAUAUAUCAAUUGUUCUUCCUCAUUCAAUAAAAGAAAAAGCAACGAGGAGGCCAAUCCCAUUCCAAAUUCCAAAUAUAAGAAAAGAGGCGUCGGAACCCUAGGGCGGCGCGGAAGAACAUCAUGUCAUCAUCUCCGUCGUCAACCGAACCAUCAUCUCCGCCAUUGUCGUCGUUGCCAAUCGAAAAUAUUGCAUCGCGGUACUACCUCCUUACCGGGAAACUUUACCCUGGUGUUCCAUUACUACGUCCUCCUCCUCCUCCACCUACCUCCUCUUUUAACGUGCCCCAAAGACCCUCUAAGCCUCAACCUUGUAAGAUAAUCCCACAUCCACUCAUUCCAGGCGUUUAUGUUGCUGGCGAUCAUCAUGAUCGUGAAGAUGAUGUUGAAUCCCUCUUCCUUUAUACUAGAAAUCUCGUACCUGGUGUUCAAUCUCAUGACGAAGACGUGCUUUUCUCUGUUCAGGAUGAGGAUGGGAGUACGAUGGAAUACAGAGAAUGGGAUCCGUUCAAAUCAAGAUUUGCUGCGGCUAUACUAUCUGGUGCACAAGACCUAUCGAUCAAACCUGGUUCACGUGUACUCGUGCUGAACUCACGUGAUGAUGCACUCUCCGGAAUGACUAUUUCACAUAUAUCAGAUAUUGUUGGCCCUCAAGGCAUGGUCUACGUAGUAGAGGAAGCGAGUCGCUCUCUUCUAACAAUGGCAAGUAAAAGGUUUAACAUAGUACCAAUUGUUUAUGGUGACAUUCCACACAAAUACCGCAUGCUCAUCAAUGUUGUCGAUGUGCUGUUUGCUGCACUUGAUUCUCCCAAAGAGGUCCGAAAGGCAUUUUUGAAUGCUGCCUAUUUUCUCAAAACCGGGGGAAAGUAUUUAGUUUAUGUCCAGGGAAAUUGCAAUGAACCGUCACACCAUGGAGGUGACGGUGUGUUUAGUUCCCUGCUCAAAGGGGAACGGGUUCAGUUCCAAAGAAAGGAACUAGUCACUUUGGAACGAUUUCAUAGAGACGACCAUGCUUAUGUCAGCAGCGUUUUUCGCUCGCUAGAGGUUGCUGAGAUUGAUCAAAGUUGUCUGGUGAGCAACAAGUUUUGGACAUCAAAAGAUUCAGAUAGGGAUCCUGGAAGGCGUAUUUCUCUUUAUGAAAAGCAAAAGGACCUGCCAGUGUAUAUGUUACUAGAAUCCUCCUGGGGAUACAUUCUCUUCCGAGCUGUUGAUGUAUAUAAAGUUGAGAGAAACUACAUGGACACCGAGCACUAUAUCGAAGAUUUCAAUAAGUUCUUUGAGUUUGUGGCUUCACAUACUUUUGCAUCGCCUGAUGAAGCUUUGCGGUAUCUCACUGCCGACAGCCAUGACAUAGUGCCCGAUGGAUUGAUAGAUUUCUUGGUGCGCCAUCUUCCAAAAACGAUGAAGGAUGGUAAUGGUAACCAUUGUUACACACUGGCACUUCCUAAUCCAUUUAUUGCAUAUGAAAUAGUGAAUGCCGGUUUUGCUUGCUCAGCAAGCCCUUUUCAUGUGGAUAUUAUGCGUGGUGUACGGAGGAAUAUUGAGAAGGUCUUUGAAAAAAUGAAGCCAGGGGAUUUGGAAAAAUCUCAAGCAUGUCUUGCGCGAAUUUACGGCAAAAAGCUUGAUUCACCGAAUAAAGGCAAGUUACCAAAGAAGAAAGCUGCCCCUCUGCCUAGUUUUCCGACCAGGAAAAAACCCAAAAAGAAAGGCCCGGAGAAGUAUAUGAAAGAAAACCCUGACGACACCAAAUCUCUGUCUAUUGUGAAACCUAUGGUCUCAUGGAAUCAGUUGUCUGAAGCUGAGAAAGCACAAUAUGCUGCAGAAGCUGAAAAAAGAAAGCUUGAAUAUGAGGAGAUCUUGAGUGCCUAUACCAAGAAACAGGCUGAGGGUCCAGCUACUGAGGGCCGAUGGAAAACAGCCAAGGGAAAGAAACCAAUUGACCCUAGCAUACUAAAGGCUGCGGCCGGUUACUUAAUUUUCGCGGAGAAGUAUAGGAAAGAAAACCCUGACGACACCAAAUCUCGGUCUAUUGUGAAACCUAUGGUCUCAUGGAAGCAGUUGUCUGAAGCUGAGAAAGCACAAUAUGCUGCAGAAGCUGAAAAAAGAAAGCUUGAAUAUGAGGAGAUCUUGAGUGCCUAUACCAAGAAACAGGCUGAGGGUCCAGCUACUGAGGGCCGAAGGAAAACAGCCAAGGGAAAGAAACCAAUUGACCCUAGCAUACAAAAGGUUGCGGCCGGUUACUUAAUUUUCGCGGAGAAGUAUAGGAAAGAAAACCCUGACGACACCAAAUCUCGGUCUAUUGUGAGCAAACCUAUGGUCUCAUGGAAGCAGUUGUCUGAAGCUGAGAAAACACAAUAUGCUGCAAAAGCUGAAAAAAGAAAGCUUGAAUAUGAGGAGAUCUUGAGUGCCUAUACCAAGAAACAGGUGAAUGAAACUUUAACUGUUUUAUUUGACAUAACAAUUGGGUAA